GGAGGAAGUGUCCCAUUUCCAACCCAGGCUGUAGCCCCAGUGUUAGUUCCCCUCGAUGUCAGGCUGGCAUGUGAGUUGAUAAAAAUCCCUGGGCUUGCAUCCUUCCCAGAAAUGCCAGCCCAAACCCAGGCAGCUCUGCACCCACAGCACCGCUUCUAUCGUUCCCUGCGUGUCUAUAAUCUAUUUACCAGCAUUCCUACUGCAGUUAAUAAGAUUAGUAAUUAAAAAGCUCAAUAGGAAUUGGCAAGCCUGGCUCCUCCGCCUUGCCCUCCCCUGCAGGCUGGGCUGGUGUGGAGUCUGAGGCAGGGCUGGCAGAGUCUCUGAAGCUCUGAAGGUAGCAAGGCUCUGCUGGAAGCUCUGCCUGCAAGCGGGCGAUGGAGAAGUCCCGGCCGCUGUGGGACAAUCCCCUGCAGUUUGUCUUCGCCUGCAUUUCCUAUGCUGUGGGCCUGGGCAAUGUGUGGAGGUUCCCAUACCUGUGUCAGAUGUAUGGAGGAGGUGGCUUUUUGAUCCCGUACCUGAUCAUGCUGAUCGCCGAGGGGAUGCCGCUGCUCUACCUGGAGCUGGCCGUGGGGCAGCGCAUGCGGCAGGGCAGCAUCGGCGCCUGGAAGAUCAUAAGCCCCUAUCUCUGUGGAGUUGGUGUUGCCAGUGUCGUCGUCUCCUUUUUCCUCUCCAUGUACUACAAUGUGAUAAAUGCCUGGGCAUUCUGGUACCUCUUCCACUCCUUCCAGGACCCCCUGCCAUGGGCCACCUGCCCCCUGAACAGCAACCGCACAGGCUACGAGGAGGAGUGCGAGAAGACCUCCUCCACGCAGUACUUCUGGUACCGCCAGACCCUGAACAUCUCCCCGGCGCUGGAGGCCAGCGGCAGCGUGCAGUGGGAGCAGGCGCUCUGCCUGACGCUGGCCUGGCUCGUGGUCUACCUCUGCAUCCUCCGUGGCACCGAGUCCACGGGCAAGGUUGUCUACAUCACAGCCUCUUUGCCCUACUGCGUUCUCAUCAUCUACCUCAUCAGGGGACUGACACUGCAUGGAGCUGUGAACGGCCUCGUCUACAUGUUCACCCCAAAGCUGGAGCAGCUCUUGAACCCCAAGGCAUGGAUCAGCGCCGCCACGCAGAUCUUCUUCUCGCUGGGGCUGGGCUUUGGCAGCCUGAUCGCCUUCGCCAGCUACAACGAGCCCGGCACCAACUGCGAGCGGCACGCGGUCAUCGUCUCGCUCAUCAACAGCACCACCUCCAUCUUCGCCAGCAUCGUCACCUUCUCCAUCUACGGCUUCAAGGCCACCUUCAACUACGAGAGCUGCCUCAGCAAGGUGAUCCUGCUGCUGAUGGAUGCCUUUGACCUGGAAGAAGGCUCUGUAACAGCAGACAACCUCAGCCAGAUGAAGGCCUUCCUCAUGGCCACCCACCCGCAGCAGUAUGCCCAGCUGGCACCGCAGCUCAAAAACUGCAGCCUGGAAGCUGAGCUGGAUACCGCUGUGCAGGGCACGGGCCUGGCCUUCAUAGUCUAUUCUGAAGCCAUCAAAAACAUGGAGGUGCCCCAGCUCUACUCCGUGCUCUAUUUCUUCAUGCUGCUGAUGCUGGGCAUUGGCAGCAUGCUGGGGAACACUGCAGCCAUCCUGACACCGCUGACAGACAGCAAAUUCAUCUCCAGCCGCUUCCCCAAGGAGGUCAUCUCAGGGGCUGUGUGUCUCAUUAACUGUGUGAUUGGCCUCAUCUUCACCAUGGAGGCUGGGAAUUACUGGUUUGACAUCUUCAAUGACUAUGCAGCCACACUCUCACUGCUGCUCAUCGUGCUGGUAGAAACCAUUGCUGUGUGCUACAUCUAUGGGAUAAGAAGGUUUGAGAAAGAUCUUCACACCAUGAUUGGACACAAACCAAACUGGUACUGGAAAAUCAUGUGGGCAUUUGCUAGCCCCCUGCUCAUCAUCAGCCUCUUCAUCUUCUACCUCACCGACUACAUCCUCACUGGAACGCUGCAGUACCAAGCAUGGGAUGCCACACAGGGGCAGCUGGUGACCAAGGACUACCCCGGUUAUGCCCUGGCAGUGAUUGGGCUGCUGGUGGCAGCGUCUACCAUGUGCAUACCCCUGGGGGCACUAGUAACUUUUAUCAGGAAGAGAGUGAAGAGGGAAAGAGUUUCUACUGUUGCUUGAAUGCCAACAGCUGGAUUUGGGAAGACCUCACCCACCUCCUCAGUACCUGACUGGGCACUUCUGGAAGACAGCAGCAACCCUUACUUGUAGCAGCUACUUAGAGAUGAGAAUCAUGGGUGCUACAGACUAAAAAAAAGUGCUCGUAGGCUGUUCCAGUGGUUUGGAGAAAAAAAACAAACCCAGCUCUUCUGUAACAAGAUGAAGCUUUAAAAUGGGCUCUGUAAGAGAGGGGAAAGGAGAAGAGCCCCCCCAAUGCUAGCACAGUUUACCAGCACCUUGACCCAUCACACAAUGCCAGGUAAUUCUUUUUCUCUGUGGAGACAGGAGCCACCAGCUGAGGAUUUUCCUGCACCAAAGUUCUGGCAGAUAACCUUACUGGUUCAAGAAAGCCUUGCUGCAGCACAUGCACUAUUGGAAAUGACAGUUGGCAGCCAGCAGAGGGAAAGGGUUUAAGUCUUGCCAAGCAAACAUGACCAUCCAUUUCCUACAGGGUCAAAGUCACUAGGAUGGCAUCUGAGAAGGAGGGCCAGCACCACUGCCCUCUGUCCAGCAGAGCACUCUCUACACCUACACACAUGUAUAGGAAGUGCUCUUACCUCCACAAGCAGUGAAGUUCCAGUUCCAGAUGUAACUGCACAGUGCUGUACUUUGUUUUUCUGGGAAUACAGUUUAAGUACUUUGGAAAUGUGGUAAAGCUGCUUUAGAAGCCCACCCAAACCAGAAGUAUGCCAUGUAACUAGCUUUGACAAAGUUCAGAUUCAAGAACACUUUAAUAAUACCUUAUGUGAGUAUUUGAUAAAGAAAGCGACAUGGUUCCAUUGUAAGCCUCAAGUGAUAGAAA